AUGGAGAAUCUGCUGGCAAAGCUGGGAGUAGAUGGAGUGAGAAAACUCCAGGCUGCUUCUGCAGCCGAUCUCAACGCCAUGGUUCUCUUUGCAGGAGACAUUUCCCCUCCGACCGAGGAGGUCCUCGACUACGUCACAGAGCUGGAUACUCGCUGCAUCCUCUAUGACCAGCUUCGGGCUUUUGGCAACGAAACUGGGUUGGUGUAUCCGGCGCUAUUUGCCGUGACUAUGGUCGCCCCUGUCUCGGAACUUCGUAGUCUUCUACAAGUUCUCCAUGGUUCUACCCCGAACGAUCGCCGUAUGCUCUUCCGCAAUCUCACUUUGGCUUCACAUAUGGGAAUAAAAGACUAUCUCUCUAAACCACGCUCUCCCGACGCCCGGCGACUUCUGGCACGGCCACCUGGAAUCCAUAUUGAGCCAGGAAUGCCGAUCCCUCCUGUAUCAGUGUCAAGGAGUGGAUUCUCUGAGAGAGUUAAAAAUCGAGAUGGAUAUCGAUGCAUCUUUACUGGAACAUCUGAUCCUGAGGCCGCACCUAUCUUUCCCUUCUCAGCAAGCAGCAAGAGGAUGUUCGUAAACAUCAACGACACGCUUUUACGCUUUUGGGGACCGGAGAAGUCUACAGCAUGGCGUCGGGCAUAUGAGGACACAGAAUUGACCCAGUCUGCUAAGAAUGGUAUCUCGAUGAAUCGCCAGUUAUAUUUCUGGUUCGACCAGGCAAGGUUUGCCCUCAAGCCCCUUCGAGAAACCCCGGAGGGAAUUAUUGUCCAAUGGCACUGGCUUAAGGAAACUUUCUUUAAGCCACGUGCUCUAAUUGAGCCUGAAGAAACUGUCCAACAGACUGUUCGUUACUCUGGGGUAGAAGAUGGAAGCUGGGGCAAUAGUUUAGCACAUCGACCGAGCGGUGUGGCUAUCCAAACUGGCCAGACAUUUCUCCUCCCAGCACAUGAGCAGAUGCCCAGCUGGGAUCUUCUGCAGAUGCAAUGGAAUCUUCUUCGUGUUGCAGCUCUUUGUGGAGCAGCUGGUAUCACGGAUGACUACUACGACUAUGAAGAUUUGGAUGAGCAUGAGUAUGAUAUAGCUGUGUGGGCCAAAAAGCGAGCCAUCGAUGCCGAAUGUUGCAAUUGCAAGGCUAAGAAAGGUGUUAGUUAG